ACACAAACUCAUUACAUGUCGCAUUCACUACAUAACUCCAUACACAAUACACACGCCACACUCCAUCACACACAUUCAUCCAUCGUUUCGCAUUCACAGAAAUUUCGCAAAAACAAUAAUGCCGCAGCCGUUGCCAAUUCAAAUAGCAUAUUUAGUCAGCGUGCCACCUCCAUACCGGGACACACCAGCAACACCGCAGCAAUGGCAUUCAAGCAGGGCUUGCCCACGGCCUCGUCCAUCUACCAAAGGAACAACAAUAGUCGACGUUUGCAACAUCAUUUGUCUUCGGCUGGUAUGCCGGGUGUAUUGGGUGGUAGUGGCGGUGGUGGUGUGAUUGGUGGUGAGAAGCCGCUAACCUUUUCCACCUCAAAAUCGACAACUGCAAAUGCAAAUGCCAACAACAAUCAGCAUCAAUAUACAAAUUAUACAAAUUGCGACAACAACAAUAGGAAUAGUAGUUAUAAUGCCGGCGCUGCUUCGGCAGUUGUUUCCAACGCUGUUGUUGGCAGCACCGCCGCAACAGUCUCAGSCACCAUUCCCAAUAGCARCAACAACAACAGUUUUAGUUACAAWAAUUCAUGCAACACAUCCACAAUAACGGCGGACGCCGAUGACAGCGACGAUCUGUUUAUGAUGAGCGAUAACACUACAUCAACAACAACAACUAUUAAUUCAUAAAUAUCUUUUAAUUAUAAGGAAACACAUGCAUAUAUCUAAAUAUAUAUAGCCUAGAUUGUAAGGAUACUUAAAGCAGCGAGUCGAUGUGGUUCACCUAACCACAAA